ACGAUUUCAACCGUUUGUUUGCCGCGCGCUUUUUUUCCGUUCGAAAGCCAUCUUUUAUUCACCCUGCGCGCGCAGCGCCAGCCAUGCGGCGGCAUCUGUUUGUAGCGAACGCAGUGCAGCAGCGUGAAUGUGCUUGCGCAUAUGACACGUGUCGCGCAGCUGUGAGUUGUAGAACAAUAAGACACCGAGGCCUCGUAGCCCUGAAAGCCGCGGGGCAGCAGGUGUCGGCUUCUUUGGACGCCUCCUGCCCUUCUUGGCAAGAAUUCUGAUAUUUGCUACAUACGACGCAGUAGCGCCGAUUUGCCGCGUCGCAUCCUUCAGUGUACGUUCUCGCGACCUCUGUGCCCUGUGAAGCUCGCCAGUUGCAGUUCGCCGGGAGUGCUGUGCGGGCGUGUUGUUUAGUGCGAGGAAAAGAACUCCGUAUUCUGUGCGCGCGGCUGCGCGUGCGUGUGUGUAUUUGUUUCUGCUGAUACAUCGUACGUCCGUAGAGUCUACGAGCUGCUCACGUGUGACAUGUAUCACUCGCUCAACUAGCCACUGGAGAAAUAAGGAAGAAGGGACGCCGGCGUUCUCAUUUUUAUUUCGGAUUAUGAAAUCUGGUUCAGGAAGCCGCAUCGACUGAUUCUACGGGAGCGUGCCCAAGAGCAACGUCAAGGUAUAACGAUAACUGGAAGUUCCCACAUCCGACUGUCUGUGGAAGCAUAUACCGUCGAAAAGCUUCUUCGGCAUAACGCCGUCUUCUUUUUUGGAUUUACUCAUCAUCUGCAACCUCGACACCAAUGUCCCUUCUUCGAAGCAAUGGAUUGUUGACAUUAAAGUCGAUGCACGCCGACGAAGCACUGCAUGCGUUUCACGUAGCCAGCAGCGUAAGCCACCGAGAAAGAUGAAGAUCCUCCUGCGACCCGCAAUGAACCGAUGAAAAAGAAAAGCACGGCGAAGGAAUCAACAUCAACGUCAACAGUGGGGCGAGAACGGAGCUUGGCGCCGAGGUUCGCUGAAAUUCUCAUCGCGUGGCUUCACCAGACAGGGCAAGUGUUACCUUCUCCUUGUGCUGUUUCCCGCUGACUCACCUGACUCUCACCUGAACAUCGGCAGUGAGCCAAGCACGCUACCGAACCCUGUGUUUGCCUUCGCGCUACGCCGCAUCGGCUGAUUCCAAAUACUGUUUUUCUUCUUCGCAUGACAUGUACGCGUGAGCGCGGAGUAUAUUCGAUGCGUCGCAACUUCUGCCGUUAGCUACUGUGCCCGUAAUCGACUCAUUGCCUGUGUGGCCCUAUUUUCUCGGCUUGUGCUAAUUGGCGUAAACCAUGAGUGACCGUAGACGCGACAGCCGAAGCAAGCCUUCCUCCGAACCGCGUCCCCAACGUCAUCUGCCGUCCAGUAGGCCAGGGUUCAAGCCUUCGCUACGCAGCCGAUCGUCGCUCUUAGAAUCGACUCCCCAUCUGUCGAGAGCGCUGCUUGACCGUCAACGGCGGAGAGAGUUCGGAGAUGACCGGCCAGUGGAACACAGAAGGCGACCCCCGGGGUUCGGAGAUGAGGGGCCCAUGGGACACAGAAGGCGAGCCCCGGAAUAUGACGACGAGCGAUUCGCUGGUUCGGCUUCCGUACCUCCAAUUCACUUCGACAGUUCCCUGCGUGACGACAGCAGGGACGGCAGAGGGCACCAAGGAAGGCGCCCGCCCGAAGACCACGACGAGCUGUCUCUAGCAUCGUACGACUACCACGCACCUGGUGGUGGCGGCCCGCGAGGGCCUUCCGGACCACCGGAGAGACUUCGUCGCCCCCAGAGUACACCGCGGUACGGCGGGGACCGCGACCGGUACUUUGGAUCUCCGGAACGAGAGAGGCAUUCCUUCGGCUAUCCAGGACGUCACAGCGGUGAGCGCGAACGAUUCGACGGUUUAGGGGGUCGCGAGGAACGAGGCCCUGAGCAUUACCGCUUCGGUGAUGACUCGCAGCGCUUCGGUGAUGAAAUGAACCUUGAACACCGAUCUCGCCGCAUGCAAGAGUGGCCCGAUGACGACCCCGAGUGGGCGCGGUCUGGCCCUCCCUACGGUGACGAACGAGCUCGUGCCGGAGGCAUGGGCCAGCGGCCUUUUGUUCGAGAGUACUCUAGCAGCUUUAAUGACGAAAGGCCACCUUUAAUGCCUUGCCAGGAAAGCCGGCGAAGUACCUCGGUUCCGCCUCGGCGUCAUGACUGGGGUCCGGAAGACUUUGGCGAAGGACCGCGCGAUCAUGGAGCGUUGGGCUGGGAAGAUGAAUUCGGUUCCUUCCCUUACCGUUCGGGACCACCUCACUUCGGUCGGAUGGAAAGGGAGCCCUUCUCACCAAGAGAACAUCCCGGUGGUAAUCUUGGGAAUCCUGACACAUCCGGUUACAAAGAAAGACCUCCAAGGAGUUCCAGUCGCGACCGCGGGUACGCCUGCCCACGGGAAUUCCAAGAGCGCGGCCGAGAAUUGCCGGGUUUCUCACCUUACGAGGAACAUUUGCCCAGUUCACCGUAUCCAGGACGUCGUCCUUUCAGCGAGGGCCACUCGGAAGGACCAGGCCCAGUCAGAUUUGCUUCUACAUAUCAACAACCAAUGUCCGGCCCAAUGGGCCAGAAGAAUCACUGUCCCCCUGAAGGCGUCCCCCCUCGAGAUGUCGGUUUGAGGCUUGAUAGCGCGGCUUUUGAUACACGACCAAUGAUCCCAGGGAAAGAUGAAGUGCGUCCCGCACCACCGAACCAUCCGAAAAACUUUGUGAUGGAACGAGCUGCUAAACCAGGCUACAAAGAAAUGCCCGCUAACCCUGACAACCCGUGGCCAAACCUUCCAACCACCAGUUACAGAGGCCAGAUGCUUGGAUCGGGCUACAAAGGACCACCAUUAAGCAAGGAAGGGCCACUUGGGGAGCCGGGAAAAGCUGUGGGUGGUAUUCCCACCCGUUUAGCUGCUCCUGUCCCAUCGCCGCAGCUGCCUAGGCCAGCGAUCCCUGGGCGAUCCACUUCGAGCGUGGAUUUUUCGCAGCAGAGUCAGCGGGCGUCAAUGGGUCCUUCACAGUGCCAAAGCGUACCAGGUGUCCGAGGGCCAGAACAGGGGUCGUUGCUUGUGGAUAAACUUCGAAGUGAAAGUGCACCUCCUCUUCCGCCUACAGCCGACCAACAACGGCAGCGUCCUCCGCUUGCUCCACCUGUAAGCAGCGUCUCACAGGCACCACAAAGUGCGCGCCUUCCACCUCCUACAGCCGAACAGCGUCAGCACCCUCCAGUUGCUCCAUCUGUUAGCAACGUUCCACAAACACCACAAAGUGCGAACAUUCCGUCUGCUUCAACCGACCAACAGCGUCAGCGCCCUCCAGCUGCUCCAUGUGCACCCACCAUCUCGCAGACACCACAAAGUGCGCGCCUUCCACCUCCUACAGCCGAACAACGUCAGCGUCCUGCGGUGGCUCCAUCUGUUAGCAGCGUCUCACAAACACCACAAAGUGCGCACAUUUCGUCUGCUACAACCGACCAACAGCGUCAGCGCCCUCCCGUUGCUCCAUGUGCAGCUAGCAUCUCGCAUACACCACAGAGCGCGCGCCUUCCAGCUGCUACAGCCGAACAGCGUCAGCGCCCUGCGUUGGCUCCAUGUGCAACUAGCGUCUCGCAAACACUACAAAGUGCGCGCCUUCAAACUCCUACAGCCGAACAGCGUCAGCGCCUUCCGGUGGCCAUAUGUGGAACCAGCGUCUCGCAGACACCACGAGGUGCACGCCUUCCACCUACUACCGAACAGCGUCAGCGCCCUCCUGUUGCUUCAUACGUAACCAGCGUCUCAGAAACACCACAAACUGCGCGCCUUCCGCCUGCUACUUCCGAACAACAGCACCAGCACCCUCCGGUUGCUUCAUGUGUAAGCAGCGUCUCACUAACACCACUUGAAUCUGCGAUUCAAAAGCCUCCUUCGACCGUCGAAAGCAAAGAUGAUCCGCCUGUCGCAUCGAUGCCAUCGCGGAGUCCUGCAGAGGAGCGACCAGGCAGUAUCGAAGACCGCAAACUACAGCGCCCUAUCAGCUUUCCGCUUCCGAAAGGCAAGUUGGAACAACUGGCCUCGCAGGUACUGCGUGCCAAUCCUUUAGACAAGGUGGCGCGGGCUCCGAUCAUAGGUCCACCGCAGAGCCAAGCUAGCGCGCAAAGCGGUGACGAGAAACACUUGUCUGCUUCUUCAGGCGGACAACAGCGUCCAGCACUUUCGCAGGGAUCUUGCGGGCCCACGCAGUAUAAGGCACCCGGUACUUCGCUUGCACCUCGGCAGCCUGCAAGCACGUUGCCUGCGGUUUCAGCUCAGCAAGCACUGCCGGCACCUCCUCAGCCGCCGUCGUUCACUUGCCAAUCGUUUCUGCCAACUCGCCAGCUUGCGGCAGCUUCUACUGGCAACUCAACACAGUGCAACGUCAGCGCGCCCAAUACGCCCGAACUACGGCCUCCGAUAACUACUGCGUACCCGCAGCAGCUUUUCCCACUCACUUACAUGCCAAUUCACUUCGGGCAAGAACGCUACAUGACACCGCCUCAACAACCAGGAUCCGUCCCCGGCACUCCCAGUCUUUAUGACUUUCAACAAAAGCAAGCCACUACUACAGAUCCAAAGCCGCAACUUCCAGUGCCUUCGCCGUUCCUCAACACAUCAUCAGGCCAGCUCUCGCGUGGAGCAUUAACAGGACCGCCUCUUCCAACUCCAAGUUACUUCACUGGGCCUCAGCGUCCAAGUGUUGCAACAAGUAUUCCACAACCAGCAGCUAGCCCACUCCAUGGCCAGCAAGUGCCCACUUCUUCAGCAAGUCAUGAGCAGGCCCGUCCUCCUACUAUCGUUCAAGAAAAAUUAGCCGAGGAAAAAGUGGCUCCGAAGCUAGAAGGGCAAGCGGACGCCAAAUGUGGACAAAUACUAGAGCCUGGCCCAAAGCAAAAGAAACCUGAAGCAGGCGGUGUGCACAACACAAAAGAUACAGUAUGCAAAUCAGCUCCUAAAUCAUCCGCAGGGCACGGCGAAUGCUACAACUCUGACGUUGAAAUGAUAGACGCUGACGUGGACGAUACCAGGACAUGUGCAAAAGACAAAGCAAGUGCCACGGUAGGAGGCGCAGCACCGCCGGUUUCGAUACUUAGCGUUGGCCGAGGCGUAACGAAAAGUGACACAACUGACGGUGCUCGACUUAGUUAUCACACAAUUCAGAGUAAGAACCAGGAUGCCGAUACGGAAAAGCAGCAACCAGAUCCACAAAAUCAACAAAGUACAUCGAGUGCUGAUGAAACUAGCGUUCCUAAAGGUGACCAAAGCAAAUCUGAGGUGGUGGCGGAAAAUCAGAUAUCAUUGUCGAAACUUGAAGAAUCUCCCACCGAUAACCAGAGCUUGGCUGUGAACAAGCAAGAAACAUCAGUGAGAGACAGGGAUCCUGAAAUGAAAGGCUCAGAAAAGGUGUUGCAAAGCCGGGAGCCUUUGUCAAAAGAAGAGAAGGCGAAUGUGUUGAAGAACGAAGAUACGCUCAAGGCGCAAAACGAGGUCUUUUAUGGGCCGAGGCCACCUACUACCGAAGAGAUCGAUAAAAGUCAAAAUACACCAGUUACUGAAAAGAACAGCAAUCCAAGCGACAUGAACACAAGUUCAGGCAAACAACCAGCCUUAAACGAUCACGAGGUGUCGUCCUCUACUCCCGAAUGUGCUGUUGCAAGUUCUUCUACACAAAGUAAGGAUAAAGAGACAGGUCACAGUGACGCACCAAGCGCCAGUGCUGGGAAAAAAGUGGAGCUUCAAGACACGCUUCAAGACGACUCGAAGCCCACCGAAAAGGCCGAGACUGCCGUGGCUAGCAAAAAGAAAGAAGAGAGUUCGGACUGCGAAAAGUCGGGACACUCGUCCGAGAGAAGUUCUAAGACAAAUGAAGACUCGUACAGGCCGCGUUCCUCGAAAAGACGCCGCCGCACCUACAGCAGCUCCGACGAUAAGUACGACGAAGACGAAUCCGACGUCGAGAACACCAACGAUGGCGUUUGCCUGUCCGGGCGUGGCAACGAGGGUCAGGUCUUCGGCAUUCCGGUAGUAUUCAAGGCCAUCAGCACGACCCGCACCUUCUGGAACAUUCGCGGAGGGCAGGUGGCGCGCGAGCUGGAGGAGGUCGUCGGCGACAACGUCGUCAAUCAGAAGAUCAACCGCGCGGGCUUCCUCUGCGUCAACGUGGCCACCGCAGCGGACGCCGUCAAGCUGCUCAACCUGAAGACACUCGGCGGAGCCGACGUGGAGUCGGUCAUACCCAGCAUGUACCUGCGGCACGAAGCCAAGAUCCGGGGCGUUCCUUACCACUACACCAACGAAAAGCUCGCCGAGCUCUUUGCGAGCGUGGGCGUCUUGAGCGCCAGGCGGCAGCUCACGGUGAAGCGGCUGCACGACGGCACUUACGAGGAAUUCCCACGCAGCAGCGUCGUGCUUACUUUCAAACCGGACGCCACGCUUCCCAAGACGCUCGAGCUGGAGAACGAGAAGUUUAUCGUAGAGGAGUACAUAGAAGCGCCGUUGCAGUGUUUCAAGUGUCUGCGGUUCGGCCACACAUCGCGUGCUUGCGUAUCCGUGGGCCGUUGCAAGAACUGCGGCGCACGAUACUGCGACGAGGAAUGCGAGCGAAGGACGCCGAUGUGUGCCAACUGCUUCGGGCCGCACCAGGCGACGUACGUAGGCUGCCCCAGGAGGAGGGAGGUUGCGUUCGCCAGCCUGUGGAAGAGGACCUUCGACUUGAACGCGCUCUGAACUGCUUGGUUUGAUGUCCUGAAUUGGAGAUGACCUGACACUAAGCUGCACUGUCCACCUUGAAAAGCUCAAGCGUCUUGCAAAUCGCGAUGUGGUCACGGCAGUGUUCCAGUUCGGACCGCACCUGGAGUGGUUCAUGUCGUCGUUUUAACGGAAAGCGUGCGUGUGUCCUUUAGUCGACAUCAGAUCGCGGUUAUGUUCAGGGACUCCUUAUGUGCUUCGUCGACACAGAGUGAACAGGUUAUGAGAAAGUGCCGUAGUCCCACAUGAUCGCCUACCAUUUGUUGCCGUGUGAAGCACCGUGAAGCCUGUUGUUGAAGUGCGAUUUCUUGAACUACGCCAUGACGCAUGUCACAGUACUGUCAGUGGCCACGAAGUGUUUUCUAUUUUGAUUUCAUAACUCCAUAUCUUCAAGUUUUUCACACUCCUUUCUUUUACUUCCGGUUAACCUCUUCGAGAAAUAAAAGCAUAUUUUUUUUAUUU